CCUCCCCUUGUUGUCAUGCACAGACGCUCUCUCUUUGGCACAAAGUGGGCUGGCAGCACAAGAGCCAUGUGUUGUCACUCCGGGCUUUGAAGGAUUAAAAAAAAAACUUUUCAGAACAGUUUCUAAGAAACGUUGUGUAAAAGGAGAGAGAGAGAGAGAGAGAGAGAGAAGAAAACAGGAGGAGAGAGUGGUUAACGUGAGAGUAAAUGAGAGAAAAAGAGAUGGGGAGCACAAGGAGCUGCAUACAAAAAUAAACUUUUCCUUUUUCACGUCUUGGAUUGAUCACAGUUUCUGAAGGAUACCUUUCUUCGAUAGUAUUCUGGGAGAUUUUGUGGAGACUCUACGGCAGGAUGCAGUGUGAGGAGCUGUCAACCAGAGACGAGUUCACCUACAGCCACAUGCCCACUCUGGAGAGAGGUGGUGGGACGCUGGGACGACGGAGUGACAGGGGAGCAGAGAGAAGGCCAGACAGGGGGGAGCGGGACAGGAAUGAACGGGAUAGCUACACAGUGGACGUGCGGGCCAGUGACCUGCAGCUGUCCCAGCCGGAGUCUCUGAGGCAUCCCUGCUUCAGCUACAGGGCCUGGCUCUACAGUGUCCUCAUAGGGGGCAGUCUGCUCAUUACAUCUGGUUUCUCUCUGUACCUGGGAAAUGUGUUUCCUGUUGCCAUGGACUACCUACGCUGUGCUGCGGGCUCUGGCCUCCCAGCAGCCAUAGCUAGUUUUGCCAUUGCCAAGAACAGACAUGUUGCGGUGUCAGAUUUCCAAGUGGUCUUUGUGUCAACAUUUGCUGUAACAACCACCUGUCUGGUUUGGUUUGGCUGUAAAUUGGUCCUGAACCCGUCUGCUGUCAAUAUCAACUUUAACCUCAUCUUGAUGCUUUUGCUGGAGGUGCUGAUGGCCAGCACUGUCAUCCUGUCUGCUCGCUCUGCAGAGGACUGCUGCUGCCACAGGAAGUCGGCGACAUACGACAGACCAGUGGUCAUAACACCUGCAGUGUUCCCCACUCGACUCCUUAAAGCAUAUUCUGUGAUCGAAGUGAUUGUGGGAAUCUCUGCUGUAUUUGGAGGCAUCAUUGCCCUCAACAUGGAUGCUUUGUUACCAGGUCCUUACUUGUCUGUGACAUUUUUCUGGAUCCUUGUGGCUUGUUUUCCUAGUGCCAUUGCAAGCCACGUGGUAUCUGAAUACCCCAACAAAUGUCUGGUGGAGGUGCUGAUUGCCAUCAGCAGUGUGACAUCUCCCCUCCUCUUCUCAGCCUCUGGCUUCCUCUCUUGCAGUGUGAUUAGCUUCAUCGAAAAUUUUCUGCAUGACGUGCCCACAGCCAAGCAAUCUUAUGACAUCCUCCUGCUCAUUCUGAUGGUGCUGCUGCUGGUCCAGGCGAUUCUCACUUCAGCCACUGUGGUGCACUGUGCCUCCUACAAGAGUCAGCUCCGCAUGGGGGCUCCAGAGUGCGAAGACAGCAUGCACACACUGACCCAUUACUAUGAGCAGGCAUCCAAUGGAGCACAUGAUUUUGACAAAGACAGAGCUUGGAAAGCAGUUGUGGUCCAAAUGGCCCAGUGAACAGUGCUGUGGUACAUGGAGACGUUUUGAUGAGACGGGCAACACAAGCAGGAUUAAAACACAUGCGCUAUAUGCUGUAAACGCAAGAGUACAAUCCCUACACGGAGAAUAUUAGAAAAAGGAAAAGCAAGGAAAGCUGUACAGUUGUCAAAAGUAGAAAGAAAUGUCAGAGGGAGGAAAGGAGUGGUAUUGUUAGGCCUGGUACUGGAAUCAUUUCCUGUCGUUUGAUAAGCACAAGUAUUUUUAUGUUGACACCAUAUGGCACAAUAAACAAUCAAAUGUUUUUUAUACUCUUAAAUGUUUGGAGCACUUAGGCCAAAACAGGUUUAAAUCUCAUGUUGCAUGAGUUGACUUUGCUGUAAAUACACAAGCGUGUUCUGUCAUCAGAAUUCACAAGGUUAUACUAUAGAAUACAACAUGAUUGUGUGUGUAUAUACAGUGUAGUACAUCCGAUAGUAUAUGUUUACAAGGGAAAUACUGCUUAUACUGUAAUGGAACCUGCCACUGGUUCAAUGUAUUGUAAGGUGUUACCUUGCGAUGGGUAGAACAAACUCUUUGCCCGUGAAAAAUGUUAAAAUACAAGUGUUCGAUUCUCUGCAGUGAGUUCUCUUAGUACUUGCAUUAGAGGACAGCACUAUGGACGCAGCAACAAGUUUACACUAUGAGAGAACUGAUCAUGCAGAACAAUAGCAUUAACUCCUGUAAAAAGUCUAAAUUGAAAUAGUGUCUUGUUCAGAAAAAUAAAAAUGUUUGGCUUAAAGUGA